CGGCCGAUGAUGCUGCCCCCUCUUCCGACCAUCCUCCAGCUCUUGCGCAUACAUGCAGACCCACCGGCCGACCUUGGCGGUCCGUUCUCGGCGACAGACGUUGCUGCACUGUCUGCCCUCGGGAAAGGCGACCGACAACUUGCGUACAGAAUUUACGCUGACGAGGCAGAGCGCAAUGCGGCGGAAGAGGCGCAAAGUCAAUUGAGAGCGCAGUAUCGUGCUUACAGAGCACUGUUUGCGCCUGUGCAGAAGCUCCCGGUCGAAAUUCUCCAGGAAAUUUUCCGGAUUUGUGCACGGGCCCUGCUCCCCAUCGGGUAUGGGAGUCACAUGGAUGUCCGCCACAUCAUCCAGCAACGACCGUUGCGGGUGCUGUCUCAUGUGUGUGGCUUCUGGCGCAGAAUUGUCUAUGCAAGCCCGGCGCUCUGGAGCACAAUCGGCGUCUCCGGCUGGGCGGUCCGCGCCCCCGACCCCGCCUAUCCGACUCGCAGUCUUGACGCGGCUAAGGCGUACCAACGUGUCUUGUCGUCGCUGGAGCACGCCAAAACCGCGCCUCUCGACAUAACGAUUCACCGCUCAACCCACCGCGCGAUCGGCCUGUUUGCUACCUGGGUCCCCGAAUGGCGGAGCGUCAAUAUGACCUUUAUCCAGCCAGAAGACCUCGAAUAUCUCGCAACCAUCACCGGUAAUCGCCUCGACUCGCUCGUAACUUUCCGUCUGGCCUCAUUUCUGGCGCCGCCCUCGUUUCCAGAUAACUGCCUCCGAUUCCUUGUUGAGGCUAAAAGCUUGCGGCACCUCUCCCUCACUGGGACUUUCAUAGGCUUUGUGCCUGCAGAAGUGCUCCGACGGCUCCACUCUCUCAAAUGCCGCACCAAUCCGGAAACUUUGGACGCCAGCGUCGCUGUGAUGUCGAAAAUUCCCUCUGAGACUAGUUACGAUCUCGCGGUCUAUUGCGGUGUUGGCACCGGAGAGCACCUUCCUGCUCGUCUACCAGAGACCACAUCCUACAUCUUGCGCUUCUCGCUGCUAGCAGGUAAUCAUAACGGACCGCAAGCCACAGAUGCUAUUAAAGAAAUCAUCACAACAUUGACCUUGCCCAGCGUCCAGUAUCUCCAAUUUGGCGCGGCGGAGACCAGCCCCCAUACCGCGGGCCAUGUCUGGCUUGGGCCUGACGACGAGAACGUAGAUGGGCCGCCACAGUACACUCUCCCAUUUCCGUGGCUCCAUGACCAAGUCCUUGCUUUCUUCCGCCGCUCCUCCUGCAACACCCAUCUCACCGACCUGGAUCUCAGCGCCGCAAAUAUUCCCCUCGACGAUCUCAAAGAGUGUCUCGCCCUCCUUGAUGUCCUGGAGACGCUCGCAAUCGCUGAGCACCCAACCUAUCCGUACCCUCAUCGCCUCAUCACUGACGCCUUCUUCCGCGCGCUUGUCGUGGGACCCACGCCGCUGGUUCCGCGCCUGAGCAGCAUCUCGAUCCACUCUAUCCUCGCUUUCGACGACCGCGCCCUGCUCGCAUUUCUCCAGUCACGCGUGGCAUCUCCUGCACGUGCAGAUCCGAACGGGCCGUUCCACUGCCACAUCUACUCGCUGCCCGGGUACUGGCGCAGGCUGGGGCACGUGCGCGCUGCAGCGGGUGUCGUCGACCAAAUCGCAAUCCUGCGGAAAGAAAACGGGCUCAGAUUGUCCUGGACACAGCUUUCUGGGCGCGAUCUCCGUGAGGACGUGGAAGAAGACGAGUGGAAUGAACUUGAUCGAUUCUGGAGCGGGCCCUUUGAAUUGGAAGGAUGA